ACAAUUCGCAGCGCCCUCCGCGGUAGUUGAAUUGAUAGAUUUUGGAUGUUCUGUGAUUAUAAAAAAUUCGCGUGUAUAUAAAACAAAUAAUGUAUUAAAUCCAUGCUGAAAACCAAUAACAGAACCGAACUUCCUCAAUUUUUAUAUGAACUCAAUUUCAGUCAAUCUUCAGUAGCAAAGACAACUGUUCUCUCUUAACAUUCAUUCGGUUAGACAAUAUGUCGAAAAGAAAAAUACAUACUUUGGACUCCGAUGAGGAAGAUGAAGUUAAAGACACUGGAGUCUUACAUUUAGAUGAUAUAGAAGGUCAAGAGGAUGGUAUGUCUAGACAGGAAGAGGGUCAUCGUAUGACUGCAUUCAAUAUGAAGGAGGAAAUGGGUGAAGGCCACUUUGACAAAAACGGUCAUUUCAUAUGGAAAAAUGAAGAAGAGAUAAGAGAUAACUGGUUGGAUAAUGUUGAUUGGCAUAAGAUUAAAAAUGAUCCGAGCAGUCAAUACAAUUUAAUUGAAAAUGCAGUUGGACUUGGAGAAGACAGUGAUAGUUCAGAUGAAGCAUUCGAUGAAACAAAAAAUUAUCAAGAAAUGUUAAAUUUUAUGAAACCUGGUGAAACUGUCAAUAAAGCCCUCAAUAGAUUAGGAGGUAAAAACAAGAAAUUAUCAAGUGUUGAAAGAUUGAAGAGGAAAAAGGCUGGCACAUUGGUGGAAAACCAGGAUGUCAUUAAAUUGACAGCUUUGGCUAAUGAUAAUUUGACUGCAAUGGGAAAUAUGAAUAUUUAUCAAGAAACUUAUGAAAGUAUUUCAAAAAAAAUACAAAAUAAAAAAAAACCACUGGAAGCUGUAGACGACAUGUUCGCAGAUGAUUUUGAUUCAUCUGCAAAAGCAUCUAGCUCAAAGCUUGUAUCGAAUGAAGCAAUUCUUGGAAGUGGUGAGGUCAUGUGGGAGUUCAAAUGGAAACAAGAUAGUGAAGAAGUACAUGGUCCCCAUUCUAGUGCUGAAAUGCUGCAGUGGGUGAAAGAAGGAUAUUUCGAAAAAGGAGUUUUUGUCCGUAAACAUGGAGAAAAUUCUAAUUUCUACACAUCAAAUAGAAUUGAUUUUGAUCUUUAUAUUUAAAAGAAUUUUAUCCUUUAAAACUUGAUUCUCUUCACAAUUAUCAGUUUUAGGUAUAUGUAUGCUGUUAUAUGUAUAUUUAAGUCUCAAUAAAUAAAAAAGUCUCUGGA